UCAGUCGAAUUUGCGCUGUUCACAUGUUUAGAAGUUUGAAAUAUAUUCCUCCAUGUAGCAAUAGCUAGCCGGGAAUUCUUUUCUGAUAUAAAAUCAACAAUUAAUUUGGAAAUAUAAAUAGGAUUUGACAAUGUAUGCGAUUUUCGGAAUUGUCUUAAUCAAAGUAUAACCGUUAUGCAAAUAAUUUAGUCACACGAUGACGGAAUACAAAACGGAGUUUUAUCCAAACUGUGACAGCAACGUCUGGUUGAGAUCCUGCGAGGUGGAAGUGACUGAUCCUCUCGACGGUGUGAUUACUGGAGAAUUUCCAUCGUGGCUGCAAGGCACUCUGCUGAGGAACGGGCCCGGAUCGCUUAAAGUCGGUUCCAUGAGGUUUCAGCAUUUGUUUGACAGUUCCGCUCUGCUGCACAGAUUUUACAUUCACCACGGUCACGUGACCUAUCAAUGCCGCUUCCUACAAUCGAACACGUAUAAGAAGAAUCACGCCGCGAAUCGCAUCGUGGUCGCCGAGUUCGGCACCGCGGCUGUGCCUGAUCCUUGUCACACUAUUUUCCAUAGGAUCGCUGCACUGUUCAAGCCAGGAGAGUCCAUUUCAGAUAAUGCAAUGAUUUCACUUUAUCCCUUCGGAGAUGAAAUAUACGCCUUUACGGAAGGACCAGUCAUUCAUAGAAUUGAUCCUGUAACACUUGAUACAAUGGAAAGGAAAAAUUUAUCGGAAAGUGUAGCUCUUGUCAACCACACUUCCCACCCUCAUGUCACGUCCAGCGGUGAUGUUUACAAUGUCGGUAUGUCCGUCGUGCGAGGUCGAUUACGACACGUGGUUGUUAAAUUUCCCUUCACUGAAAAAGGAGAUAUGUUCGCAGAAGCGCAUAUCGUCGCCAGCUUGAUGCCGCGUUUGUCGAUGAAUCCGGCAUACAUGCACACGUUCGGAGUCACGGAGAAUUACUUCGUGAUACUGGAGCAACCGUUGUCAGUGUCUCUCGUUGGUCUAGUAAAGGGUCAAUUAACGAACCAGCCUCUUUCUUCGAGUCUGCACUGGUAUCCGGAACAAGAGACUCACAUUGUAUUAUUAGGUAGGAAAAGCGGCAAGGAAGAAAGAAGGUAUCGAACGGAGACGCUGUUUUUCCUGCAUAUAAUAAAUUGUUUUGAGAGAGAUGGUAACGUUGUGGUCGACGUCUGCGCCUACAAAGACGCUAAAGUUAUAGACGCGAUGUAUAUUCAUGCUAUUGAAUCAAUGCAAAGUAAUGCUGAUUACGCUGAAUGGUUUCGCGGAAGACCUAAGCGUCUCGAGAUGAGCCUGGCCGCCCCUCCGCUGACUAGAGUGGAACCUAAGCUGCUGGCGGAUCUAGGUUGCGAAACCCCUAGAAUACACUACGAUUUGCAUAAUGGCCGAGCAUAUAGAUAUUUCUAUGCCAUCAGUUCCGAUGUGGACGCUGAAAAUCCUGGAUCGAUUAUCAAGGUGGAUACAGUGACAGGCGAAACGAAGUCGUGGUGGGACAAAGACUGCUACCCCAGUGAACCAAUUUUUGUCCCCAGUCCUCAGGCUAAGGAGGAAGACGAGGGCGUGGUGCUGAGCGCGCUGGUGUCGGGCGCGGACGAGUGCGAGGUGUGCCUGCUGCUGCUGGACGCGCGCGAGCUGCGGGAGCGGGCGCGCGCGUACUUCCGCACGCCCUCGCCCGCGCCCAAGUGUCUGCACGGCUGGUUCCUGCCGCAAGCCGUGAAUGAGCGAUUACUUACACUGUAACCAAAAAUGUAGAGA